CAUUCAGCACUCUUCCUCAGCAGAGCUUAGAAAGGUCAGAGAGAGUGCGAGUGAAUCGACAGCUCUCUGACAAGAAAGAUAUAAGAAGAUGGACUUUUAAAACCCCCUUUUACCGUGUCUUGUGUAAUCUGGCGUCGUUAUUAUGCAGCAUUCUGUUUCUUUCAACCCUAAAUAAUAUCAAUUUAAGCCCCUGCCCGGGUUGCUGAGCGUUUGCUAACUUGGCUUAACCCUGCCUUUGUCGUCUUGAUCGCGCCUGACUGGAUCAUAUUUUCAAGAAGCUCCUGACGAUCCGCGUCCCUUCAGAAAUGGAUUUUGAUAUUGUUCCAGGCGACAUCAGCCCUGUAAAUGAUCCGUUCAGCACCGGGCCCGAAUCAGUCCUCCGACCUCCGCGGUUCUCCUUGCCCGAGGUCGGGGCGAGGGGCUCCCCCUGCGUGAAGAACCUGGCCUCCCCCGGACCCAUGGCAGUGCUGUCUCCCGUCACUAACCUGGCUCUAAACAUGAAUAAUCUCGCUGUUCUUGGAGGUCAAUGUGAAACACCAAAGCGGAAGAAAAACUUGCCCCUCCUGAAGAUCCCUUCCUUCGCCUCUGAUGCCUCCUCUGAUGCAGGUCUUGGGCUAGAUUCUCCCAGCCCUUUGGACUCUCUGGAUGCUGAGCAGAAGUUUGAGAAGGCCAUGCAGGAUGCCACACGAGCAGUUAAUGAAAAAAUGCCCAUACGCAGGAUACACUCUUUGCCACUGCCGUUUUUGGGUCACAGUCCUAAUUUAAAGACUAAAGAAUUGGAUCCCUCGCGCUAUGGAGUGUGGACUCGUGCACAUGGCUGCGAAAACAAAGAGAACCUGGCUGAGGAGAAUUUUGAGUUCAAGAAGCCUUCCAUGCCUGCAUCACGCUGUCGUACGCGAUCCACUGGGGGUGCCAAGGAUGCUUUUGCCUGCCGACCCAACUCUGCUCCUGCUUUAAUGCUUUCCCCUACACCAUCCUUUCAACCUGACUCUUCAGAUGAGAGCAGUCCCUUCAUAUUGCGCCGCCCUUCUCUCUCCUGUCUACAUGAUGAUGACGAUGAUGGCUUCUUGGAGGAGUUUGAUGAUAUGGAGAAUGACUCUGAGGUUCCUCUUGGAAUGGACAGUCUCCUCACAGCUCCUCUGGUGGCCAAACAAAGUACUGACAAUACUGAUUCGCCUGUUAUUCGCUGCCGUCCACGUGGGCUGUUCCGAUCUCCCUCUAUGCCUUGCCCGGGAGGGCGUGUCCCACUAAAGAGACCAGAGAGGCCACAAGAUGAGAACACGCCUGUCAGAGUGAAGAGGAGGCGGAGCCUUGCAGGGACACAAGUUGCACUCACAGAACAUGAGGAUGUUAUACCUCAUCAGGUUCAAAGAUCCAAGUCGUUUAAUCACACACAGAUUGAAAGAAUGUUGGAUACAGAUCCUAGUAAUGUGAUUGGAGAUUUCACCAAGGCUCCUGCACUACCCACAGUAGAAGGAAAACACCAAGAAUUGAAAUACAUCACUCCAGAGAUUAUGGUUAAAGCAAUGAGCGGACAAUACCGCGAUCUGGUGGAGAGGCUGUUUGUCAUCGACUGCCGUUAUCCAUAUGAAUAUGAGGGUGGCCAUAUUAAGGGUGCUCUUAACCUCCAUCAAGAGGAUCAAAUUGAAGACUACUUUUUACGGAGUCCUAUUCUCCCAGAAUGCCCAGAGAAGCGUGUCCUGCUGGUUUUCCACUGUGAAUUUUCAUCUGAACGCGGCCCGCGGAUGUGCCGCUUCGUUCGUGAAAGAGAUCGAGUUUUGAAUGAGUACCCCAACCUCCAUUACCCUGAACUAUAUAUCCUGAAGGGAGGCUACAAAGACUUUUUCCCACUUCACAAGUCGGUGUGUGAACCUCAGUCUUAUAGGCCAAUGCAUCAUGAAGACUAUAAAGAAGACCUGAGAAAGUUCCGCCUUAAGAGCCGCACCUGGGCUGGAGAACGCAGCAAGAGAGACAUGUACAGCCGUCUCAAAAAACUUUGAGACUCGUGUGCUCACAAUCCCUCAUGAUUCUACUGCCUUUACUUGCUCAAAUGCUGCCCUCACACAUGAGACAUGGCAGAGACCUGAAGAGGUGUGCUUGAUGGGACUUUUUGUGAAAGCGUUUGGUAUUGAUUUAGUACCACAAACUCAAAUGAGGCCGAGUGGCUACUAUGUAUCUCCGCCUGGUUUGGUUUGAUAAACUGCCAUUAUUCCCUACCUUCAUCUCCCUUUAGAAGCACACGGCUACAUGUCACUGCCAUGUAUUACACAUACACCUUUUAACUAACCUGUAUUUUUAUGCUCCCACUGGCCUGUCCUAACUUGUAUGUGAAAUUCAAUUAUUGACCCUUUUAACUUUCUUUUCCCCCUUCCUCAUGAGCACUUUUUAAAGUUGUUGUGGUGAAUAAGUGCUUUAUGCGUUCAUUUUGCCCCCUCUUUCUCACAUUUGGUCAGUUGCCCAAUGAUAUAGCUUUGAUUAGAGCAGUGGAACCAGUUAAUAUUACAUUUAUUGUAUAAAUUGGUUUACGUAUUCUGAAUAUCACAAUUAUGUAUAUUCUCAUAUCACAGAAUAAUGAUUUUAAUUAUUUUUACCCCUAUAUUUUGAGAAAUAUGGUCACCAGAGAGCUUUACAUAUUGUUUUGACUGUCCAGAUUUGAGUUUUUGUUUGGAAUAUUUCUUUUUUUUUUUUUCUCUCUAUUGACUGACAGCUUUAACUCAGGGGAAGAAUCCUGGCUUUUGCUGCUGGUCAGCAAGUGAUGACCACAACAGUGUUCACCAAAAUGUUCUGAAACAAGAUUUUAGUUCUAUUUGUCCAUAAACCAGUGACAGUUGAGUUACAAUUCUCACUCCCAUGCGUGUGUGUUUUGUAAAUUUUAUCUUCCCGAGUGUUUUAUAUUGGUUAUGUGUGACUGAGAGGCUGGUUUAUGUAUUCAUGAAUAAACUUGGAGUUUGGGGUAUUAACUCUUUGCUGAAA